GUUCGCUCCAGGCUGACACUAGGCAAACAGCUCGUGGGUAGGCCCAGGCUUUAUUUGCAAAUAGAACAUCAUGGUAGUCAUAAAGCAGCCGGUCGGUGCGCAAUGACGUUCCAGAACCCGGGGAAGUGAGCCGCGGGGGGGGCGCAUGUCUCAGGGAGGAAUGACGGCCCCGGGUGCAUGGCCAGCAUAGCAGGCAAACGCGAGAACACGAAGCAGCAUCAUCGUAGGCAAGGCAAAGACAAGCGAGAAGACAGAAAGAAAAAGGAAGAAAGUUUAGGGGCGUGGCUGUUCAGGUGGCCAACAAGCAUGAGAACCAACGUCUGCCGCAUAUGCGAUGAUCAUCUGGCAAAGGAUGAUCCCAGAGGAUUCGAUAAGGCAAACGGAGAGAGACGGGAGAAGGGCAAUGAAGAGCAGAGCAGAGCCACAAACCUUAUUGUGAUGUAUCUGAUGAGUUCACGCCAAUACAGACAGGGGAAUGCAAAGAGUUGUGCACCGCAAUGGCUUGGGAUUGAGUUGAAGGAGGGAGGAGGAGGAGGAGGAGGAGGAGGAGGAGGAGGUGAUGGUGGAGAAGGUCGAAGCCGACAGACCGACAGACUAGAGACUAGAGACACAGCCGGCAGAAUCAUCCCUAUUGUGGGGGGAAAGCUGUCCGCCUUUGGUCACCGCCUUGUCAGCUAUCAAGAGAAGCUCGAAGAAUACUUCGCUGCCAUGGCACAUUAUCCUGAUUGUACUGGUCAAUUGAGAUCAAUUGAUGCACUAAGAGUUGCUUCUAACAAGAAAGAGAUCAUUUUAGCAUCUUCUUCUGCUUGA